GAGUCCUUCACCGGAAAACAACGAAAACACCAAUGGCUGGAGAUGGCAUACUCGUACUGCCUUCAUGGGGACUCAUAGGUUUGGUUAUAAGGAUUAAGAAUUAGCAUAAAUAGGAUACAGGAAGCAAGGAUGAAAUAUUUUUCAAGGCCUUCUGGAAUUUCCCUUUCUUUCUUUUUGAAGCGAAAAUGGGAAAAAGAAGAGCAGGGAAAGAAGACGCAGAGGUUGCAGCAAGGACCUUCCACCUCCGGCAGCGAUGAUAAGGAAGAGCAGCCUUGGAACAAAACAAGCAAAGACGACAACGCAACUUCCAGCGACGAACAAUCGCGAUCCGAAAGCUGGCAACCGAAACUCCGUCUCAACCAGGACCAAGAAUUGACCAGAGACGAAACAUAUGAGUUAUCGAAACGAGUCUUCACAACGGCGGAACUGGAGGAACGCAUAUGGAAGACAACUACUGCCAUGUUUGAUAUCCAACGACAGAUUCAUCGAGGAGAGGAAAUAUACUAUGAAGACACAUACAACCAUGGCAGCAUCUAUAAGGGCUGGGACGCAUUUGUGGACAUGAAGGACGUCGGGAUAUCGUCCUCCUCGGGUGGUGGUGUGAUACAGACCAGCACCAAUCGGCGUGUGCCAACAGACGCGAGAUGGUUUUCUACCAGUUGUGCAAGUGUCUCUCGGACAACACCACCCGCGCGGUUUCCGCCACCCCUAGUGCCGCAGGAGUCGUUGCUGUCGACCACCAAACUUUCCGCUAUUCCCGACCAGCAAGAAAAAGAAAAGCGAUCUUCAGAUUAUGGGAAAACAACAAAACCUCCAUCACUGGGAACAUCGACAACAAACAAAAUCGCUGCAUCUCUCCCAAAUGUUCCGGCAAAAAACACUGUCACCAAAAUAGAAAGCAAAAGCGAAACCGAUGCGUCAUCGUCGUCAUCGUUCCGAACAAGUCAGCGUGUAGCUUCUUCCGCAGCGACGAUCGCGGAUUCGACCAAAGCUUCGACUACAACCAAACUGCCAACCAGGCGACUACCAACCCCUGGUAUGAAAGCAGAAAAUCCCGCGAGCACUAGAAAGAAGCGAAAAUCCACGACAGCAGCGAGCAGCGUUGAACCGCACCCCAAAAAGGCGCAAGUCAAAUCCUUUGAGGCGAAAGGAGGUUUCAAGGAUCCCGCUGCCGGAAAUUCCCAAAAACCCACAGCAACCGUAAUGACCAGAGGGUCCAAGUCGGAACACGGAUCCUCAGUCAUAAAAUCCGAAAAAAACCAGGGCGCAUCCCCCCCCCCCGCUAGUAGCAAGCUCUAUGGCGACUCACCGGGAAAACGAGAAACGCCGUCCAAGCGGCAAAAUGAUGUUGAAACUCCCGUUCCUCGGAAACGAGGAAGACCUAGAAGGAAAACGUGAACCAAAUAGAUGCGGCUCUCUCUUUCAAACUUAAAAAUGAAUAAGAUUCAAAACC